AUGGAGCAAGAGGAACACACCACGGCAAACGGUUGUCACGGAGGCCGACACCGUUAUCUCCAGAUGGAACACCACGCAUCUUUGAAUCGUCGCUACUUCUUCCUCUUAUCUCCUCGACGUCCAUGUCUAUUCCUAUUCCUUCUAGCUAUGUGUUCACCACAAACACUUGAAAAUCCUCAAACAGGGUCGAUAGAUUGGGCUCCUCGGACUGGAUGGGGCCUGCGUUUUGUUCGAGGUGCAAGUUUGGUGGUUAAAGACGACAGCGGAGGGGCCGGUGAGUGGCUGGGAGGUUUGGGGAACACCGGCAAGCCUCUACUUCCCGGUGCAAGGGCGAUUCCAGUGAACAAGCAAAAGGUGAUUCUCAAACAGAAAAGAGAACAGAGACAGCAGGGCAAAUCUGCCACCAGUACACCUGCUAAGGUGACCACACCGGGGUGGAAAGACGUUUAUGACAAUGUGAAGAAGAAGGUCUUCACAGGGACUCUGAAAAAUACUGCCAUCUGGUCGGCGGUAGUUGUCGCCGUUUCUGCUGCUCUGACGUAUGGAGGAUAUCGAUCUCUAACGAGGUUCAGGGACGCGCGUUUUGAGCAGAUGGAUCAACAACUCCGCGAACUUCAGGCCCGCCGAGAGGCGCUGGCCCGGCAGAACCCGAAGGAGCGUUUUGAAGAGGCUGCAGAACUUGAAAAGCAGCAUGCUGCGGCCCUCAGAGAUAUCCGAGAAGCAGUGAGUCGUUCUGGCGGCUCAUCUGCGCUGCUAGAAUCCGGAGUCGACGAUGACAGUGACGUCGCUUUAGUUGCUCUGGAAGAUAUUCAGGCGUCUCAAGUAAGCAUUGCCUAUAACGGUUUUCAGUCCAGCUGCGUCAUUCCGUCAAGCUCAUGA